GUUUCCAUGAAGCGUUUGUUUUGUAAAUGCUGCCGCGUUAACAUAACAGCUGUAAGAGUGCAAGUGUCUUAUGCACAGUAAAACACGGCUACUUAUCGUCGUGAUGUCAGUGCUACGCAGUGAUUCCAGUCUAACAAAACCCUUUAUUUACAAUCAUAGAGCUCAUUGUAAUAUGAGUUUACAACAAGUUAGAUCACACAUAUCAACGUUACCUCAAGUAAAAGAUGUAAGCGUCUUUGUGUAUAUCAAUCAUGGAAGUAUAAUAAGGGCAGGUGGCGCUAGAGACUUCGGCUGCAUUGCUUUGAAGCCGGCGCCGCCGUGUUAGUAACCGCUACACAUGAGGCUGGAGCACCCGAUGUCGGGCCGCGCUGUAGAGGUGCGGUCAGACCACUGUGCUGCGCGCGUGUACUCCUUCUGGGACCUGUCGCCUCCGUGGGUGAUGGACCAGGGUGCGGGUACAGGGGACGAUGUCGGCCGGACGGAGCCCGCGCCCGAGGGACACUUCUACAAGGAGAAUCGGGCGUCGGCGGACGAGCUGUUCCCGGACUACGUGGACUUGUAUGCGGGUCCUGAGGAGGAGGAGGAGGAGGGCGCGGGCGACGCGGCCGAGGCCGGCGAGCAGCCGGAGUGUCUGGAGGAGGGCGAACGACCGCCGACGCAGAAGUCUGACGUUAGCUGCCACGUCAGCGCCACCACGCUGCCCGGCCUGGCUGGCAAGGGCGGCAGCUCCUACUACAAGAACGGCGCCAUCAUGAUCACGCCCCAGGGGUACCCCAACGCCGUCAACAAGAAAAAUUUUCCGAGUUGCAUCCUGAUGCCUGGAGAAACGUAUAGGCGAACAAUUACCUACAGAUUCUUCACCGGUGCAGAAGGAAGGUGCACAUGUCCUGAAUUAUAUUAAUUGGCAAAAAUAAAGCUAAAGAAAGAACAUUUCAAAAAAGAAAUUUAAA